AUGACAGGAUAUUUCAGAGUUAUACCAGUUCCAUUGGAGGCGGUUAUUAAGCCACCUGGACUUCGUCAUAUUGUUCUAAAUACUCAUCGGUUUCUACUUGAUGCUUCAGACAGCAAGGAUCCAAACGGUCAUGAUAAUUCAGGUCUCAGUUAUGAGUGGAAGUGUAAGCCAGUAAACUCGUCUAAAGACGUGUGUGAUUUUGAGUCAGGGUAUAUCUUUCCACACAAAGGACCAAUCCUGGAAAUACCAGAGAACACAUUGCCUGUACAGAAGACAUUCAACAUCACAGUUAGUGUGAGCAAACCACGGAUACCUAGUGGGACAGCAUCGGUAAUCAUCUUCGUCAGCGGUGAAACCAAGCCAAAUGCCAACAUAACGUGUAAUUUGAACUGUAUUACUAACAAAGUCAUUCCAUCUAAACUUCUGGCACUGGAAGUAAAUUGUGGAAACUGUGGGCCAUUUGCGAUAGUCGUAUCAGCAUAUGUAUGGAAACUAUGGAAACAAUUGGAUCUCUUACCGAUGCAGAUACUGCCAUUGUCAGAUUGGGUGUCCAAGUCACUGACUGGAUACAACAAAAAAUCAAUGCUCUUGCCACCAGGGACACUCAAUGCAUCUUCCACCUACCAGUUUGAUCUUCAAAUUUUCUAUAACAAGAAUGCAUCAAAGAUGAAACUUGAAUAUCGGUUUCGUACCAACCAGCCUCCUGAAGGUGGAUCAUGUUCUGUAGAUCCGACGUCUGGCCAGGCUCUCAUCACCAAAUUCACCGUGUCCUGUCCUGGGUACAAGGACAAUGACUCACCUUUAACAUACAGUGUCUACCUGAAGAAGAAAGGCAAAUCAGAUACUCUCUUGUAUCAAGGAAACGAAGACACAAAUAGUUUAGUACUUCCUGCGGGUCCACCACAGUCCAACUCGUGGCUCCAGUUAACAGUUUACAUUUCAGACUCUUUGGAUACCAGCACAAACUUCACGUUAAGAGUAAAGGUUCAGACCCCAAAGGAUGAUAAAAGGACAUUUCUAGAAUGUUUGAAUGAUGUUUCUAAGGAAGCUGUUCAAGAGAAACCACCAGAGUUUCUUCAAAAAUCAUUGGGUAUUAUGGAUAUGCUUGAGACAGUAAAAACAGAAGCAAAUACUACAGCUGCAGAAAAGAAAAGAAAGAUUCGUGAGCGGUUGCUGAACAAUCUUAAGACUGUUAAAAAUGCAGAUAAAGGAAUGCUUCUUCAGAUGAGUGACCUUUUAAACAAGUUAAUUGCACAGGAAGACAACAUAUCGCCUACAAUGGAGACUGAUUUUCUGACUGUGACCACCAGCCUGGUAGGUGCUUUAAAGGAGAUAACGAAAAGUCAUCCUAAUGAUGCCAGAAAUAUCGCCAAGAUACAAUGCCAUGCACUGGUAACUCUGAUGGACAAGCAAGUGAGAGAAGACACAGAAUACAAACAGAUGGAGGCUAAAAACAGGCCUGUAUUGGAUGUUCUAGAGACCAUUAGUGACUGUAUGUUGGAAUCUGUCCAGUCGAUAAUAGAAGGACCAGUGAACGUCCAAUCUGAUCAGAUGUCUCUGACGGUUCAACAGAUCGAGCCAACUGUUGAUACAUUUCAUCUUACAGCUGAUCCUGAGGACCAUGCUAACCCAGGUGGCUCCGUUUUUUUCCCCAAUGACAUGAAGAGUAGAACAGACAAACCUUUUAACUUGAAGAUGAUGAUUUUUAAGAAGAAUCCAUUUCAGUGGUCAUCUACGGCAGAUGAAGUGAAUUUACCAGUGAUGAAGAUCUCAGUACAAAAUGAUGGAAAAAGCCUUAAUCCAUCAGAUCUGUCUGUGCCAGCAGACAUCUUCAUAUCAGUAAACUUAUCUAAUGUGAUGGAAGAAGACAAAAUAUACACAUUGAAUGUCACAUAUGACACUAUCAAUCAUAAAGUGAAAAAUUCCAGUACUGUACUAGUAACUGUUCCAGUAAUUAAAGGGAAAACACAAGUUGUGAAAAUGUUUGCUGUAGAUUCAUCAUUGAAACUAGAGGUGGUUUUGGGAGCCAGUGAAUCCAAAGUAAGCUUCAGGAAUCUCGAAUUGCAUGGGUUUGACUGGCCAGUGGAAGAUGAAGCUCUCUUGACAUUCAAGAACCAUAAGCAAGAUCCACAUCUUUUAUUCUUACCAGAAGAUAUUCUUGGAACGAACCACACUGAUUUCCAUCUUGCUGUCAGUGUUAAGAAAGGUCAGAUUUUCCAUGGUAAAGUUGAUGAUUCACACAGACUGAAGAUUCAGAUUGGCAUACAGACAUUUACUGUUGAGUGUUCUUACUGGAGUGAGGCACACGACGAGUGGAGACAGGAUGGUUGUAUGGUCGGUCCCUUUACAACUCUAACAUCUUUACACUGCUGGUGUAGUCAUCUGACCGUGUUUUCUGGUGGUGUUUUCGUUUCACCCAACACUGUCGAUCCAAUUGAUGAUAUAGCCUUGUUCCUGACGUUUUUCGACAACCCUGUGGUGGUCGCCCUCGUUCUUGCUGUUUGGAUUCUGUUCAGUAUGUUAGUACACUGGGCACGCAGAGUAGAUCAGGAAGAUUUAAGAAAGACUGGUAUCACAAUGCUUGCUGACAACUUUCCUGGAGACCACCAUGUGUACAUGAUCUGCGUGGUGACUGGCUGGUGGGUGCAGGCUGGCACCACCUCCAGAGUGUUCAUGUACCUCUGUGGGGAGAGUGGAAGAUCAUCACGACAUGCCAUGUUUGACAGCGAUAAGGAACUCUUCACAUCUGGUGCCGAGAACUGGUUUCUACUCAAGACCGGCAGAAGUCUGGGACAGAUUAGAUCUGUGGUCAUAUGGCAUGAUAACGGUGGACAACAGCCAUCUUGGUACCUUAAAGAAAUUGUUGUCAAGGAUGUCCAGACAGAAGAGGUAUGGCACUGUGUCUAUGACGAAUGGCUCAGCGUUGAUAAAGGACUGGGAACUCUUCAAGCAGACAUCCCAGCCAUUGAAGAUGCAACUUUUGCAAAGAAGCGUUUUUACCAGUUCAUGCACACAACCAGUCGGGACUUCCGCAAUGGACACAUCUGGAUCAGCAUCUUCUCCAAACCUCCGACGAGCCGUUUUACGCGUAUCCAGCGUCUCAUGUGUGCUCUCUGUAUUCUCCUGUCGACAAUGCUCACUAACAUCAUGUUCCACGGAAUUCCACGAGAUGUUCCCGAGUACCAGAUCGAUUACGGAGAUUUUCACCUCUCACUGGUGGACUUUGUAAUCGGAAUCCAGAGUGCCCUGAUAGUGUUUCCUGUCAAUACGAUCAUCAUCUUGUUGUUUAAAUUAACCAAUCCGAAACCUGACACUGUACUGAAAUCAGAGGAACCUGUGGAUGACAAGAUGAAACUUCCUGAGAAAAAGAAAAAUAUAUUUUCUAAGUUAAGAUUGCCGUGGUACUUUAUUUAUGUUGCCUAUUUCGUAGCAAUCACUACCUCCCUGAUCUGCUCAUACUUUGUGAUGCUGUAUGGACUUAAGUACGGCUACAACAAAAGUGUGGCAUGGCUCAUUUCUUUCUGCACGUCAUUCUUCCAGAGUGCACUCAUUACAGAACCUGUUAAGGUUUUAGCUGUAGCAUUCCUGCUCACUCUGAUAUUCAGACAAAGUGUGCAGUAUGACAGUGGAAAGCAAGAGCAAACAGCAGAUGAAGACGAGGAGUUCCAUAUCCAAGAUGAUUAUACAAAAUCAUCUACACACUAUAUAGCACCUGUUUCACAACACCUCCUUAAAAACAUUCGUACUCGAAUCCUCAUGGAUCAGCGCACUUGGGAGAUCCUGGUGGAAAUCCUGCUGUAUUUCACAUUUGUUGCCAUAGUGUUCCUGGUGGUUUUGGGCCACAGUGACGUGAAAGAGUCCUACAGUGUUACCAAUGCUGUUGAGAAUAUCUACAUCCGUACAUUUGAACAUAACCAAACUAAAUAUUUUUAUAAAACUGAUAUGAAAACACGGGCAUACCAAUGCUAUAAAAGAUCUCCCACGGUCAGGGAGACCGGGCAUGAUGUCACAGCGCGAGGACAGGACCCUGCCUCGGGCUCGUACGUCGUCAACCCUUUGCUACGUCUCCUGUUCUGA